AUGAAUCAAAAUAAUAACAGAAUAUCUGAUGCAUACCAAAAGAAACUUUUAUCUGCUUCUAUUCAAAGAGAAGCAAAAGAAAAUUUGGAAAUUAAUGAUUUAAGAAAAUUUGAAAGAGACGCCUUUGAUAAUAAUGAUUUUAUUAUAUAUGUUGAAUUAAAAUUUGAAAAUUUGACUAUUGCUAAAUAUUUAUAUGAUAUAAGUAAAGAGUGUGAUACUCCUAUGAGAAAUAGUGUACAAAUAACGAGAUUUAUAAUAAUGAAAAGUAAAAACAAAAUAAUGGGAACUUGUGUUUCUAAUGGAAUAAUAUUAUGUUAUAGUAAUGAUAAAGAUAGCAAUAGUAUUUUAAAUAAUAUAAUAAAAGAAUUAGAAAAAAGUUAUUUUAUCUUUUUAAAAUUAGAAGAAAAUGUAGAUAAUACUUCAGAUAAAAUUGAGAAAUAUUUAUUAUCUUAUAUAAUUCAAUUUACAUUAGUUUGUAAAUAUCUAGAAACUGGAAGAUGGUUUCAUAUAUGGGACAAUAUGGAUACAAUAAUUGAAUCAAAAUUUUGCGGUAACCAUACUUGUAAAUAUUUUAAUUGCAUUGGUUUUAAAUUUAACAUAUUAAAUAAUGAUUAUAAUAUAUUAAAUGAGAAAAAUAGCAAUAUAUAUAUUAUUAAAAUGUAUUUAAAAGUUACUAUAAAUAUUUAUAAAAUAUUGCCAAUAGAUCAUAUAUACGAAAAUAUGAAUGUUUACUGCUUACCUCGUUGCUCAAUGCAAGCAACAAUUUUAAGUAUUUUGAAUUCAUCUAAUGAUGAGAAUUUUAAUUAUAGAGAUUAUUGGCUAGAUAUACAUGGUUAUAUACUUAAUGAAGCUUCUAUAGAAAAAAUAGUGAGAGUUAAAUUAUAUAAAGGUACAUUUAAUUAUCCUAUUGGGGUUUUAUUAAGAGAUAAUAUAUAUAAAAUAAAAGUACCUAUUAGAAAGGAUCAUUUUUUUUAUAUAUGCGAAUUUUUAAAUAAAUUUGAAUUAUUAAAAAAUAGCAAAAUUAGUUUAUUAAAAUUUUCGGAAAAUUUAAAAUUUGACAAUAUAUGCAAUGAUUUGCAUCAUAAAAAUUUAAAUUUAAAAAAAACAGAGAAUGAAGAAUUUUACAAUAAAAUCAAAUCAUUGUGUAAUAAUGAAUAUGAAAAAAAAAAAUGUAUAGAAGAGUCAUCAAAUCAAUGUAAACAACAAAAUUUUUAUAAUAAUGCAUACAAUAUAUAUUGUAAUACUUUAACCAGCUCAACCAAAUGUAUAAAUUUAAAUUUUUCCAAAGAUAGCACAAUAAAUAAAUGCAAUACAUCUAAACCAGAUAAAAAUAUUGAUAUUUUUUUAAAAGAAUCUGCUUUAAACUAUAAUUCCCAAAAUAUGAAGGAAAAUAAGCAAAAUAAUAUUAAUGUAAAUGAAAAUAAUAGAAAUAAUGAUUCUAAAAAUAUUAAUUAUAAUUGUAGUAAUGAUAAAAAAAAGAAAAAUUCCGAAGAUACUCAUAGUAACACAAAUAAGGAAAAUUUCACUGAUAUCAAAGACGUAGAAUAUCAAAAAAAAAAUAAUAAUUUAGACGAGUACUUAAAAGAUAUUACAAGUAAUUGUAAGUUUCUAAAUAAUAAUGAUAAUAAUAAUGUGAAAGAUGUUGAUUUUUAUGAAAAUGUUAGUGCUGAUAUAAUAUUUUCAAAAGAUUUUCAAAAUUUUCUCGAUAAUUUAGAUGAAAUUGAAUUGCCCCAAGAAAAAUUAAAAAAGGUUGAUUUUAAUGAAAGAGAGAAAAAAAGACCUAAUUUUUCUUUAAACAUCCCUCAACUAAAUAAUGAAAACAGUGAUAAUAAUAAAAAAAAAUAUAAGCAUAAUUAA